AUGAAGCUGCAGGUGUUCUGGACGGGGCUGGAAUACACCUGCCGGCUCCUGGGCAUCACCACCGCUGCAGGAAACAUCCUCCCCACCUGCACACUGUCUCUCGAGUCCUUCCCCGACCUCUGCCAGCAGGGACCUCAGGAACCCUGCGAGGCGGUCCAGAUCCCGUCACUCUCUGCCCAUCACGGCCGGCCAAAGGGCACCCCUGCCCUGGGCUUGCAGAGCUUCUGGGUCACGUGUACCCACUCCACCAAGGUCAUGUGUACCCACUCCACCAAGGUCAUGUGUACCCACUCAACACAGGUCACGUGUACCCACUCCACCAAGGUCAUGUGUACCCACUCCACCAAGGUCACGUGUACCCACUCCACCAAGGUCACGUGUACCCACUCCACCAAGGUCAUGUGUACCCACUCCACCAAGGUCACGUGUACCCACUCCACCCAGGUCACGUGUACCCACUCCACCAAGGUCAUGUGUACCCACUCCACCAAGGUCAUGUGUACCCACUCCACCAAGGCCCCAACCCCUCCACCACCACAGCCCAACCUCGUGCCGGCCCUGGCAUCAAGACCCACCGGGGGGACGCUGGCUGGGUUCACGGGAGCCACCGUCGCCGUGUGCGAAGGGGCCUACUUUGUGGCUCAGCUGCUGGCCAUCUGCUUCCAGUGUCAGCCAGGGUCCCUGGCCGCCAGAGCGAGGGAGAAGGCCCGCUGGCUGGGCUGCUUCCAGAAGUUCCUGGCCUACCUGCUGCUGUCCGUGGCCUGCUUCCUCCACCCCGUCCUGGUCUGGCACGUGACCAUCCCAGGCUCCAUGCUGGUCCUCACUGGCCUGGCCUACUUCCUGCUCAGCAAGCGAAAGAAGAGCAGGGCCGCUCCUGCGGAGCUGGCCGCCCAGGAGCAGUACACGGACCCCUCCAGCAGCGCCAGGAGCACCACCGGCUCCGGGGACACCGAGCAAACCUACACCUUCCACGGAGCCCUCGGGCCGGGGCCCGGCUCCCUCCUCGCCCACAUGAGGUGCAUCCUGAAGGGGCCCAGGAAGCCCAGCGCGCCCCAGCGCCCGGAGGCCCCCACCGAGCUGACUCUGGAGCCAGCUGCCUCGCUGGCCGCGAAGAAGCAGGUGCGCUUUGAAGACAGUGCGGCCAGGAUCAUCCCCGCCCUCGCCGCCGGCCUGGACAGCGAGGACAGCGAGCCGGAGCCGGAGGAAGCCAGCUCGGACACCACCCCCAUCAUCCCGCCCCCGCAGGCUCCAUCCUUCCUGUCUUCUCUCUCAGGCAGCAGCCUCUUCUGA